AUGACAACCGCUCAAUCCGAAGUCGCAGCGGACUUGGAUGCUUUUGCCGAGGCCACUUGGUUUACCUCAGCAUUUAUGAUCGCAGCCUCGAGUGUAACUCCCCUAGCAGGACGAUUUGCAGCAAUCUUCACCUCACGUGUCUGCUUGGUUAUUUCAACCACCAUACUUUCCAUUGGGUUAUUCAUUACUGCUGCCGCCCCAUCACUGGCAAUCUUCUUGCUGGGGCGUGCCGUUACAGGUUUGGGGUGCGGUGGAUUGAUGAGCAUUGGUAUCAUAUUGAUUUUGGAUUUCGCCAGUACCCGUAGACGAGGACUGUUUAUUGGGCUUGUCAGCACUAAUUAUACGGUGGGACUUGCCUCGGGUGCUGUUCUGGCUGGUCUUUUGACGCCUAUUAUCGGAUGGCGUCUCAUCUUUUGGAUUCAAGCUCCAGCUGCACUUGUCCUGGGGCCACUUCUGUUCUUGGCUAUUCCACCCCCGUCCACCCACCACAGCUCGCUAAUGGAAGGAACAUUGCUUCGCAGUCUUGCUCGUAUAGAUUAUGCCGGCGCUCUGACACUUACCAUUGCGGUCGUCCUCUUUCUCACCAGCUUGGCUUCUCCCCAGAUCCUAAUUUGGCCUAUUCCGUUAGCAGCUGUGUUCUUCGCUGGCUUCCUUGUGAUUGAAUCUCGAUGCGCCAGCGAGCCUAUUAUUCCGGUUCAUCUGUUUCUCAAUCGCGGCGUAUUGCUCUCAUGCCUCUCUGGCGUUGGCUUAAUGAUGGCUCGCUGGGCGGUCGUCUUUUUCACUCCCGUCUAUGCAAUCUCAGUUCGGGGAUGGGCUCCCGCAUCUGCAGGACUCAUUCUUAUUCCGACUAAUGCAGGGUUUGGAACCGGCGGGUUGCUUGUGGGAUGGCUUCACAUCCGGAAAGGAGGUAGCUACUAUGUAUCCUGCCUGGUUCUCUAUUUCCUCUUCGCCUUCGCCACUGUUGGCCUUUCAAUUCUCUCGACAGAAGACUCCCCAGCAGCCUUGUAUAUGAUUGCGACAUUCUUGAACGGCUUGUUUGCUGGUGCACUAAUGAACUACACCUUAUCUCACCUACUGCAUCUCACCAGUCCUCACAUGCACUACAUUGUCAGUGCGCUGUUCACAACGUUCCGCGGGCUUGCAGGUAGCUUCGGGUCUGCCGUCGGUGGAGGUUUCUUCACCCGGAUUCUCAAGGGCGCCUUGGAAACAGGUUUCGCGCAGCAGGGACUCCCGCCGAAGCCAGAUCUUGUUCGCACUCUUCUUGGCAGCCCUGUCACGGUAUCCCAUUUGGAGGGUAUUGAGCGAUUGGUUGCUAUACAAAGCUAUGAACAUGCCUUCCGUAUGCUUUUUCUAGCGGGCACUUUCGUGACAUUGGUGGCUACAGCGUGCCAGGCGGGGGCCGGCUGGGCACCAGGAAGCGAGGAGAAGACAAAUGAAUGGGAAGAAGAGAGUACGUAA